AUGAGUUCAGGCGCUUAUAUCCCACCUCACUUAAGAAACAGACCACAACAGCAAGCCACACAACCACCUCCAAACCACGCUCCACGCGAUGAUUAUCGUCCUUAUCCUUCAGGUGGAGGCUACAGGCAAGAUUACAGACGUCCUAACGUGUUUAAUGAGCCAUAUCAUCAUCCAACACGUCCACCGACGGGCGAUCAAUUAAGCAGAAGUCGAUCAAUGCCAAAUCCACCUAAAGCAAUUACAGAUGAAGAAAUUGAAGAUUUAUUUAUGAGAAACAAAGCAAGUACAGAUGGACCAGAUAUUUCAGUUUACGAGGGCGCAGACGUCAAAGUCGAGGCCGGAAAUCAUAUCCCUCCUAUCAUAGAUUUCCCAGGCUGCGGCAUCCGAAAUGAAGUACUUAGAAACGUCGCACACAACGGCUACAAAGUUCCCACACCAGUUCAACGCUAUUCCAUACCAUAUAUUCUCAAUGGAGAAGAUCUUAUCGUUACAUCACAGACAGGUUCAGGUAAAACAGCAGCUUUCAUGCUUCCUGUUAUUACACAGCUUAUAGGCACAUGCCACUCACCAAAUCCGUCCUGCGUAGCCUUGUGUCCAACGAGAGAACUUGCAAUUCAAAUUUUCGAAGAAACUCGCAAAUUCUGCAAAGGCACCGAUCUCAAAACAACAUGCGUAUUCGGAGGAGCACCAAUUACAGAACAAAUUCGCAACUUGAGUCGUGGAAUUGAUAUCGUCAUCGCAACUCCAGGCCGUCUUAUCGAUAUUCUUAAACAGCAUUGCAUUACCUUAUCAGAGGUCCGCUUCCUCAUUCUCGAUGAAGCAGAUCGUAUGUUGGAUAUGGGUUUUGAGCCACAGAUGCAAGAAGUCAUCAACGGAUGGGACAUGCCACCCGCUGAUGAUCGUCAGACAAUGCUUUUCUCCGCUACAUUCCCUGACGCUGUCAGAAAUCUUGCUCGUGACUUUAUGCGACCAAAAUAUUGCAGAAUAUCAGUUGGUAUGCAAGACGCUCCUAAAUCCAUCGAACAGAGAUUCAUUUACUGCUCCGAAAUGGACAAAUUCUCCGAAUUACUCGGUGUUAUCAAAGAAGUCGACGGACCAACUCUCGUUUUUGCAGAACGAAAGGUCUCCGUCGACCGUAUCGAACGUUUCCUCUACGACGAACACACCGCUGUCGUUGCCAUCCACGGCGAACGUCAGAUGGACCAGAGAUUGGCCGCUCUCAGGCAGUUCACCACUGGAAGGGCCAACAUCAUGGUCGCAACAGACGUCGCCUCCCGUGGUCUCGAUAUCAGCAACGUUGCCCACGUCAUCAACCUCGACCUCCCAACAGAUCUCGACACAUAUACACACAGAAUCGGAAGAACAGGACGUGCUGGUAAGCAUGGCCUCGCGACUUCCUUCUUCAACGAGUCGAAUAACGCGUUCCUCGCUCAGUUGAUUCAGCAUCUUCGCUCAAAGAACCUUCCUAUACCAGAAGGACUCGAGGAAUACGAAGCAAGUGGUGCUCUGAGAAGAGUAUCAGUGGGAAAGGGCUCUGGGAGAGGAGGUUUCGGUAAUUCUAUGACUAGAUCUAAUUCUGGUUUCGGUUCCGGAGGCGGUUACGGUUAUGGAAGAGGUUACAAUUGA